AUGAGGCUCCUCAUCCAGGCGCGACGCACGUACAACGACGCCGUCCGUUCUGUGCUUGAGCUGUGUAGUCGCUUGGUACCGUUACUCGAGCCCAACCUGACGACCGUCGCGACCAAAGAUCACGACCAAGUCCUCGCCGAGCUGCUUAUCAAGGGCAAAUCACUGUUGCCAGAAGAAAUUGAGGCCAUACGCAACACUAAAAAUGCUCUCACUACAGCAACUGGCUUGCUUCCUGAGCUGAAGCUGGCGCUAGCGAACUUGGGGCGUCCCGUCCACGCGACCAGCAAGUCGUCCAACUGGGUGGCGCUUGUGUUUGAGAACAUGACCAACAACCUCGAGGCAGAUACAGCGGUCUGGGAGGCGACAACUCUGUGCUGUGCGGGCGCGGCAGACAGCAUCAAGUCGGCGACGGCGGCCGUCACGGACGAAAUGAGCGUUCUCUGCACCCUUGCCGAAGCAUUCAAGACGGCGCAUUUUCGUUCCGCGUGGCACCGCAACGUUGGCUCCGAAACGGACUAUGCCAGCUGGAUGGACGACGCUGUGGAGAAGCUGCAUGCCCACUGCAAAGCCUAUUUGAGCCGGCACAACGCCCAUUAA